UUCGCGAGCGUUUAAAUCCCGCCUUUAACCAAAGUCGAUCUGUUCCGUCUGUCGCGGAAACAAAAGAACUGACGCGAGUUUACGUUUGUUUUGCGAGAGGGAACGUAACUCACGCGGACCGUAAAUAAACAGCGUAGGGAAAGAAGGGUCUUCACUUACCUGAAACAGUGACAGUGGUGGAAAGAUACGUUGCUUCUAGAGUCCGUGACUACUUUCUGUUUUGUAUAAUUGUGUUAAUUGUGCACGAAACGAAAACGGACAGAAAGGCGAACGCGCCUAAUUGUUUGGUCGCGAGCGCGAGCGCGCGCGCGCGCGCGCGCGUGGUCCUUCUCGCGCGUAAAUGCACCACGAGGUUGCGACUCGUCGCGUGGCAGUAGUGUGUAUCCGCCCGCAAGACGUAACGCGAUAAUUUCCCUGAAGAGACUGUGCGACUCGAGGUACGCGGAGAAACAGCGUUACAGUGUAUUAGAGUGUUUUCUCGGGAGAAUUGUGGUUUCAUGGCCCGAUUAACGGUAACGUGUGUUCGCUGAUUGUCGGAAUGAACUCUGCAAGUGCAUCGAACAACUUGACAAGGGAGAACGUCUUACGCCACUAACGAAAGCGGAUUUCGAACCCGAAGGGCGGAACGAUGCCGAGUAUCGGUCCUGUGUAUUGUGAGAAGACACGUGACGCAUUUUUCUUCGACAAGCACAUGCUGGAAGGAUAAAGGACAACCUAUCGAGGACCUGUCUACCCAAGCACUUUCUUGAAAUUUCUCUCGACGAUGAAAAGGCCCUCGAACGGGGCCGCUCGUGCGCUGUGAGAAGUGCGCUGAGAGAAGAAUCGUUCGGCUUGGAACGAUCGAUCGCUGGCGAAGUAUAUUUGAACCGUGCUCGCAAACCACCGAUAGUAAAGCAUGGAAAACGGGGACGAGGUCCUUUCCACCCAGGUGAAAACGAACGCGUCCUCGUCCUCGAGUACGACACAGAGCCCGCGCACACCGCCGAAUUGCGCGCGAUGCCGCAACCACGGAUUAAAAAUACCCCUCAAGGGUCACAAAAGGUACUGUAAACAUCGUUACUGCAAGUGCGAGAAGUGUCAUCUCACCGCGGAAAGACAACGAGUGAUGGCGAGGCAAACCGCGAUGAGGAGAGCCCUGGCGCAGGACGAGGUGAAAGUCAGGGCGGCGGAAGAGCAGGUGGAUCCACCGCCAUUCGGGUUCGAAGCUGGUCGACUUUCCGCGGUCCCUCAGCCGGCUAGAAGUCUCGAGGGUAGCUACGACAGUAGCAGCGGGGACUCGCCUAUUAGUAAUCAUGGCAGCAACGGUGUACACUCUGGCCUCGGUGGUGUCAUCAGUAUUCCUACCUCCAGAAAAUUACCCUCGUUGCACCCUCAUACUGGAACCACGACCCACUUGCCGCAGUCGCAGUCCGGUGACAGUGUGGAGUUGUUACUGGAGUAUAGUACCAAGCUUCUGGAGCUCUUUCAGUAUUCUUGGGAAAUGCUGCCACUCAUGUACGUCAUUUUAAAGGAUACAGGAGCUAAUCUCGAAGAGGCUGUGAGGCGCAUCAUGGAAGCCAAUAACGACAUUCGCACGAUGCACUUCUGGAAAGCGCUCAGAAUGGUCCAAAGCAGUAGUCGGACGUACAAUUGCUGCUCGGCAUACCCUCCUUCUACAGGGGCGCCAACAUACGAGGGCCAAGUGCCCUGCAUAGGGGGUGCGCCACCGCCCGGUGCUGUCCACCUCAGGCCACUUCAACAUCCCCUAAAUUCUCAUUUACCGACCACUAGAGUGUCGUCAAAUCCUAACAGCCCUCCAGAACAUUCUACUACGUAGCCUCGAUCGAUUACCGUCCAGUCGGUGAAGUAAAGCGACUGGAAGAACAGGUCGAAUCCAAAGAGAAACGACGCCGUAUUAAAGCCAGAAGAGAGGACCGCGCAGUGCUGGCAACCAGUGGAGGGAGCUCCCUCUUCGGCGUUCUUCGUUCUGGUCAUCGUUCCCCGAGUGUUCAAAUCGGCGGUGCACCGCUCGGGUGGCACGAAAGGUCGAAAUUUGCGAUUAACCGGAACGUUGUGCUUCUUGGAAACAGCCUGGGGCUGUGUGCUCGGUUUCACGAGGUAAUUCCUCACCCGCUGGAGACUAGUACGAUUCUCAAACGGACCAACGAAAUACAUGGAAUGCACGAGACACCGAAACACCCUGAACGAUGUCCCGAGGGAAACAGUAGGGCAAGGGGUCGAAGAGAGGGUCUAAUUUCUAGCCCCAAAAUGAAGAAAGAAAAUCGUGAACGCUUUCUACUUCCCCAUGGAGGUUCCUCCAGAACUAACCCUAAUUCGCGGAACUGCGUCGAAUUGACCCCACUUAACCCUUUGGCCUUGCGACAACGAUUAAUACUCGUUGUAUGCAAUUGAAAUCGAGCAAGAAGAACACGAAUCGGGAAGAAAGUGCGCAAAGAACUCCAAACGUAACUAUAUCGCACGAGAUUUCAAGGAAAAUAGUAGGCCAGGGGGUUAAAGGGGGCGUAAUCGAGGGUUAUUAUUCUGGUCGGCCGGGAGAAGAAGAUCGCGAACGCCUGUGCAAUUGGUUCGUCAGGAGUUCACGGACGAUGCGCACCUCGGGCGUACUCUUGUCCCGCACGUCCUUCGGUUCGUUGAUCGAAUCUGCCGCUUUCAUUUCGUCUUUCUCGCCGAGAGAGAGAGACCGUCUCUUACCGACGGGGCUGUAUAUCGCUUCCCUUCUUUUUCUGUUAAAUAUUAUCAGACGUGUUACGGUGAAACGAGACACGUUUGCUCGCUGUACGAUUACGAAGAAUAACCGUAGCGGACCGGUUGCCGAAGUCCAGCCGUCCGUGAACGCGACGCGCACCGACAGACUCAUCCCGAUGAUCAAGUGUCGCCGCGUGCGGUAAACCUCGCAUGCACAACCGGCGCCGACUCCUCUGGCUUAGGUACUUUGUAAAUCGGUUGCCAUCGGCUCUGCUCGCGGUUUCGCUCGUUCGCGAGGUCCGUUCUCGUGUGAAACCCACUAAAGAACGUUGAAAACGGGGGGCCCCGGCUGUCCCUGCGAAGAACGCGAAUUUGAAUGCAAUCGCGUUAUCUAAAUACAUUAGACGUCACGUAAUGAAUCGGUUCCCUCGAUGGGUUCAUCGGGCUAGUGUGCGCCACGACUAAGCGAUCGAUGAAAAAAGGACGAUAGGGAACCGGCGGCCGAAGAUUCGAGCUUAAACGAGGGUAUUAAAAUGCCGACAGCUCGGGAAUUCCUUCGCGUACGUCGCCAAAGUUUAUCGAUGCGUGCACGAUGCAGGCGGACGCGUGGUAUCAUGAUUUUUCCUCUAGAGUGAACUGAGCACGCCAAAUUCGAUCUCCGAUCGACGAUUAACAAUCGUUUAAAGUAAGCAUUUAGCGCUCUUAGCGGAGCAAACACACCUAAGCGGGAUCAAUCCUUUUUGUAAAACUGUUCGCGAUUCGAGAAUCGCGAAGCGACCGUUUGCUUCGACCCUGAACAAUGUUCGGCUUGACGAGAUUAACAAGAACCUUGAAUAGGUAUUAAUGACACGAUCCAGUCGCCUGAGCCUAACUAAGGAAUGUCAUCUGAUAAUGUUUUGAAACGAAUAAGAGUAUGAAAGGACGUCGAAGCGGCUCACGGGAGCUUAUUUAACUUGUUGAGGUGUCUUUCGUUCCGACAUGAUGGGCUGUUGACGUUAAUGAUACGGUUUCUCACUGUACGGAAGCUGGGAAUGAGCAGGGCUGAUGGUUAAUGUCUAGUGUGCAGUGGAGGGUUUCAAUAUUACGAGUCACUAUCGAUAGUAAUGUCAGGUAGUCACCGCAAAGAUUCCUAAGAGACGUUAUAAAGAGGUAGGAGUCCAUAGAGGACAAGGAUUCCUUCGCUUGGAGAUGCAGAAAAACACGAAUGUCAAAAAUUCUGUAACCUCUGGAAACGAUUCUAUAAUUUUUUUUAAGAUUCUACACGUCCAAUUAUUCCAUACGUGAUUAACACGGUAAUUGUAUGAAUUUUGUUUGCCAUCUUGUAAACAAGUUUAACCUCGAAACUAAAAAUUUGUAUUAUCGCGUAAUAUCGUAGAAAAUGAAAUAAGUGAAUUACCUAUUCGUGUAACAUCACGUUUGAUAAGCGAAAAAUACCCAAUGGAACUGCAACUAGUAGCUGAUCCAGAAGAGUUCUCAGGAGGGGGCUACCAAAGAAUCACGAAAAGCCCGAAAUAUAAUAAAAAUAACAUUUUUGGUUUCAUUCCCAAGCUUUUCGUUUCAAAUACCUCUCGGUUGCGCUUCAUAGAAGAGUUCUAAAUCUUUUCUUUGCGAGCGCGGGAGUGAUAGUCAGACCCCCUUGGUUCGUCCUCGUAUCCGCCACUGGCUGGAAUCUGUAACCAUGGGCGUUGCGUAAUAGAAAACAAUAGCUGGUAGGUUCCCACGAAAGUGUGUUCGAUCCGAGUUGGAAUAAUCGAAGACUCGCGAGGCGGCGAUCUGCAUCGAUGGGUAGUACAUGCGCGCGAGCUCACAAUCAAGAAGUGGGGCGGAUGCGUCAGUUGCACAACGCGAUGCAAUAAAACGGCUGCUCAAAAACUGGUCGUUCCAUCUCGCGGCAAAUUAAUUUUCAAAUAAGAACACCGAGGGAGCUGUCUCUUCGAUAUGCUGUUUCAUUCUUUCGUUCUUUUUUCCUCCUCUCUCCCCUCGCCACACCGUUGGCUCCACCUGUUUUUUUCAACCGUAGCGUCCCCCACUCUCUACCGCCGCCGUGGCACGGCUACCUUUCGUUCUCUUCUCUCCUUACCCGCUUUUUUUCCCGUCACGAUCGUUUUCUUACCGCGGGAACACGUUCCGAGUUACAAUCUGAUGCGAUCCUCGAUUGGUUAUUACCGUACAGAGCUUAAUUGCCCGGCCAGUUUGAAAUAGAUUUGCAUUUCGGUAACGAGCAUGCGCGAGUCGAACAUUUAUCGUCCGCUGUUCGUCGGGCUUCCGGUGGCCAAUUUACGGGAACGAGACAUUACUUCGCGUAGCGAUGUCGGCGACUUUAUAUCUUGUUUGGCGAUUUUACGUCUUGUCUGCCGGGGGUGCUCGAUGGUCUGCAAUAAUUUGCGAACGUACGGCUCGAUCCGAAGACACAGAGAAUCGUGCCACUGUGGUUAUUUAUAUUAUUAUGAGAGAUUAAACUUUCCAAACCAAAGGUAAAUCAAUUUUCAGGAAACUUUAUCGCGAACGCUAUGAAAAUACUUUUCUGAGCUACUAUUCCAAUUAAUACUGUCCGAUUAAGAAGAAAAAAAUCAACGCGUUAUGAAAAAACUGAUUUAGUAUUUUGUUCAAAAAUGUUUUCGUUAAUUUUAUUCUGACCUUCCUGAAACAGCUUGAAACGUAGUCGUUUCCCAAGAAGAUUGGAGUGACAAUCCGCAAUAUGGCCCCUCGCAUGAGGCAUUUACGGUACACCCUGCUAUUUUGUUGCUCAACGUGGACUCUUGUACGUCUAAUAGCAUGUCAGGUGUUACGUUCGUAACAAAACACGGUGGUAAUGUUUGACGUAAACGGACGACGCUUCGCGAGAACGUUAAUGUCCGCCAGUUUGGUGCUUCCGGCUGUUCCGGCCGAACCAUCAAUUUUAGUAAAACCUCCGACUAUGUGAGAAACAUAGAAUGACAAAUGAAAGGUGUUCGAAUCGGUGCACGAUUGAGAAACGCACGGCGACCCAAGACAUUCGACCAAGUUGCGCCCGCGGGCCGGAAGUACGCUUUGCGAUCCCCGUUUCAACCUCACUCGUGAAUUUCACGCCAAUUUUCAAUCGAUACUUAUAUCGAACGUUAAGAAUUCUUUGUUAAUCUGCGAGCAUGUUUUAUCGAAUUGUUCAAAGGAAUGUAUUAUUUCAAUUUUCGAUCCAUGCAUGUGAGAUCCGAUUUAUAGUUUUAAUUUUCUUCAACGUUAAGUAAAGUGGAUCCAUAUAGGAUAUAAUCGAAUUUUUUGCAGGUUAUAUUGAGUACAAGAUUAGACAAAUCUACGGGCUGUGGUUAGGAGAUCAUAUGUGCAAUCUUUUAUUAAAUGAAAUUAUUAGAGGAAGAAUAACUGGGGUAGGUUUGUUUAACUUUGUAAUUAAUUUAAAUGUUGACAAAUUUGUUCCUGUCAUUAUCUGAUAUUGUGCUUUAUAAUAUUUGUUCAAAGGACUUAGAAAUAGUAGAGAAAAAUUAAAAUUGUAAAUCAGAUCUUACGAAAUAUAAAUGAAGUAUCCAGUAAAACAGAAUUUCCAUAAUUAAUCAUGCAAAAAUGUACGAAGUAACGUUAAAAGCGCUCAGUUUCAUCUCGGGGGGAAAACCGUGAUAUCAUUAAAUUUCAUUCUGUGCUUUAUUUCUUUCAGAGGGAUAUAGAAGCCACCUUUCUGAUUGUAACACGAAUUACGCUCCAUUGUUUAUCAAAGUUGAGGACUUAAUUUUGUGAUUGUUGUUGGAUUUCGCGUUCGGCUCGUUGACGAAUGCAGAAUACACGAAUAUAACGCUGGUAACGAUAAGAUGCGAAUUGUGAAUGUCAAUCAGACUGAUUCUCUGUACGUUUAUGCGAAACGCGCGUCUAGUUUUAGAAUUAAGGAAGCAUACGUGUGCGUUCUCGUAAGAGAGUUAGGUCAUUUUCGAUGAUCCAGCGAUUUCGUACCGAUCCACGUUCCUGCGUUUAGAUCGCGCGACAGGAUGUCAACGUUUAAUGCGUGAUAAAUCGUUUUGUGUUGCCGAAGAUAUCUUCGGAAACAUUUAGUAGUUCCUUAAGAAAUAAAAGUGACACGAUACUAGGGUAUAAGAAGUUUUUAAAGCUCGACUUGAUUCUGGCUGCGUAGACUAUGUUUUCCUUUUAUUUUGUUAAACAAGGUGGAGAGUUUUAGUUUUGUAAAUAGGCUACUUAAUUAAAAUUACCGAAGUCUAUUAACGCUUGUUUUCCGCACAUUUUGUGUUCUUUUUUUUUUCCUUGAUUUUCACCAUCGACGCUCUUAACACUUUCUUUUCGAAGCUGUAUGCGUUACUAUAUGUUGAUCACUCGAGCUGUGCACUUGGUUUUUCGAAAGUCUACAGUCUCGAUUUUUUAUUUCAAGUGCCACGAAGCUGAAAAGUGUAAUUUAAAAAUUCACAGUGACGUGUAUUAAAUGUUUAUAAAAAAAUGCCAUUUCGAUUGUUAUCAUUCUUGUUAAUUAAAGACUAACACUCUGCAGUCUCGGAGGCGAACAUUAUUUUGCUUGAAACGUUUCGAUAAUUAAUUUGAAAUAAGUUAAUGCUAGUAUUGGGGUCAAUUUUUUUAAUACUCGAUUAGUAUUUGAGAUAAAUAAUAAAAUAAUCUUAGAAACAGCAUGUACGCUGUUUUCGGUAGUUUCAGAAUUUUUCAGUAACUAACAACGAUUUAAAUGCAGGCUAGAAUUAAUAGCACCAUCGUCUCUGCUUAUAGAUCUCAAAAUAAGUAGAAACGUCCAGUAAUGACCAGACACGUCAGACGAGUCGUUCCCACUGUCCGAAUAGUUUUCAAAAUCAAUUAUCUCGAAACCGAGGCAUCAAAUUAAAAACUUUUAUUAGAUGUUUUCGAUUAAUUUUUUCGUAUAAAAUGACCAUAUCAACGCAUGUUACUGAACUCUAGAUACUGGAGAUCCCUCAAAUAGAAGAGUAGAAAUGUUUGAGAUAAAUUAAUGCUUCCUUCUGAGCCUGCAAGGUUUAUGGUCUUUAUUUUCACACUCGCAAGCCUUUCUAUUGAUGUAAUCAGGGUUCUCAGUCGUUGACAGUCGCUUUGAAACUUUUUGCCAAUUCAAUCACUGUUAAUAGAACAAUUUUCAAAGGCUCCGCGUGUUCGUCGCCGUAGAUCAUGGCGCACUGUCGCAACCGUGUGGCAGCGUGUCUAUUUUCUCGUGUGAAAUAUGCGUUCCCUGCAAUGGUUGUCGCUCGUUUAUGAACCGAAACGCCUACAUCGGCGAGUGCGCCCAAGACGAAACUCAUUUCGCAGGAUAGAGCAGUAAAAUCGUUGAUCUAUAUUCCACAAAGUUUUAAUUAGUCAUACUAUUUCGUACUUCGUAAUAUCUCAGAAAAUGUUUCACAAUUUGUUUCAAUCUUAAAUCGUUAAAUUUGUUGUAGAGAAAGAUUCAAUUUUCGAUAGGGUUAUCACGAGCUCAUGAUGAGAAUUAGUGCAGCGAUAAGUAAUAGUGUUACUAAAAAUACAUCUGUUGUUUCAUGGAAAGAAACUUUUCUUUUAUUAUUUGUUUAAAUAGACCUCCUUUAAAAUGAUUAAAACAUGUUUCAUAAAUAGUGUUCCAUUUCUUUUGACAAGUAUUACGUAUAUAGCUCGCACCAUGAUUUCGUGAACACCCUAUUUAUUUAUAUAUGUAAACUGUACUUGAUUAUAAAUUGAAUAAUAGAUGAUAAAAAUGACGAACCUACAAGCAGUUAUAUUUUUAUUUGUUAUGUUUCCAAUAUUAAAUUCCACAAUUCAAAGUAAAAUUUUUUAAUAAUUUUAUUUGUCUUUUAUUCGGUUAUAAGUUAAUAAUAUUUCAUGGAUUUGAAACUGGGAUUUCAACGAUGCAACAGUAAGUGUUCAAGUAGAAUAUCAAACGGCGCCGACAAACACUAUAGCAUAAAUAAAUCUUUUCUGUAAAAAUGACGACCAUAUAAAAAAAAAAGAGCAGACAAUUUUUCGACCACUGCGAAGAAUUCCGAUAGAUAUUCACCUCCUUCUUCAAUUUUUGUACUUAAUUAAUAAGCGUAAGUUUUAAAAACAAAAUUGUGUGAUAUUUUAAGCGCAGAGGCUUUUCCUAUUUCUUAUCAUCGAUCCUCGGAGAAAGUAAAGAGUAACCCCUCCACUAAUUAAUAAAAGAAUGCGAAUUUCACGAAACAGUAAGUCCAAAUGUUUUAGCUUUAACAAUUGUUUUUAUAUUUACGUAUGAAUUCGGUGCAAAAUGCGUGGUCCAGUACGUAUAGGAUCGAGUGAGCCUUAAGUAAUACCCCGUACUCCUUCCGACCAGUGUACUUGUAGGAUUGGGGAAAGAGAUUAGAGACGGCGUCACAAAUGUCACGAUGUGGUGGGUAUUCCCAUACGAGUGCCCUGAAGCGGCCAAUUAAUCCUGCUCCGACUGAAAACUAUAGUAAUACUGAUUGUGAGACGUAACCUUGUAUCACGUAUGGCCCUCGUGUAUAUUAGAAUAUUUAAACAAGGCAUUGUAACCGCGUCGAGUAUAAGACAACAAUAAAUGUCGAUUUGUUGUUUUACCAGAUUUCCUUUCACCCUUUCCCACUCUGUCCUCUGGUCUUCAUGUUUACUUGGAUGUAAACGACGACGCGUACGAAUGGAUGAACAUAACGAGGAUUUUACUACCCCGUAUUCGGUGACGGUUUCGUUUUUAUAGCUUGUAACGUCUCGCAUAAAAGUGGCCCGUACGAGUGGUCGAGAAAAAGUCUCACGGAUAACGAGAUAAAAACUGAAACCAAAAAAUGGGGGGGGGGAAGGAUUCCCUCUCCCGCAGGUUCGUCUACUUGCAGGGUCGUUAAGUGGUAGGGCCACGUGACCUUAAAAGUUGAAAGCGAAUGUUCCGCGGCUCACCUGAAACGGAUAAGGGUGAAGUGCGCUGUGAGCGGACGAUUUAAUGGACGAAUGUCGCGAUUUUCGAAAUUCGAAGUAUACAAGUAUUGUUGUUCAUGGAUUCAGUGUAUUCGACGUACUUUUAAUUGUUACUAUUAUAACGCCUUAAUAAAUAACGAUUCAAUCUA